GUGAUUGAGUUGACUUCCUGAUUCACCCGAACAACACGGAUGUGUUGGUGAGGAGUAGGUUAACCGAUCCAUUUAAUCUGAUUCCACCACGAAUUCUACGGCAAAUAUCACGCAGUUUCACUGUUCCUCAGAUGUGUGUGUGUGUCUGAGUUAUACCACUUUCCUCUUCUUCAAAGUUUUGCUCAGGUAACAGAAGUCCACCAGAACACCCGAGAGGCACAUUUUAUACAACGAUUUAGGAUGGCUUCCACUCCAAGUUCUACUUUGCGACCCCUGUCCAUCGUGGUCGUGCUGCUGGCUGGAGUCAUCAUCCUAUUUACAAUGUACUACAGGUCUUUUCCAGUUCCAAAAUGUCACCCUGCCCCCAAACCAGCUGCUGUGCAAAAACAGUCAGUGGCCACAAAUCGGCCAAAGACCAAAAAGCCUCUUGUGCUGCUGUGGUUUUGGCCUGAAAGCAAAAAGUUUGAUUUGAAGGACUGUAAGAAUGUUUUAGAAAUGGAUCACUGUGAACUCACAGAUGAUAGAUCUUUAUACUCCAAAGCUCAUGCAGUUCUGAUACAUCACAAUGAUAUCAAAGAUGACCUGUCCAACCUUCCCACCACACCAAGACCCAAAUUUCAAAGGUGGAUCUGGUUGAGCAUGGACACGCCCCCAAACACGCGCAAGAUCGCUGGCAUCGAAGCCCUUUUUAAUUUAACCUCCAGCUACAGGAAGGAUGCAGACAUUCCUGUUCGCUGGCACCUAACUGUCAAGAAGAACCCAGGCCCAGAUUUUGUUCCACCAAAGAAAGAACGAGUGCUUUGUUGGAUUGUUAACAGCAAUGACCUCAACACGACAUCUGCGGAGCGUUACAACUACUACAACGAGGUUAUAAAACACAUGAAGGUGGAUGUGUUUGACAUCUCAGCUGACAACGUGAAGGGGGAAAACUAUUUUCAAACUAUUAGUACCUGCAAGUUCUUUCUUUCUUUUGAGGAAUCAAAUCACAGAGAUUACAUCACAGAAACAUUCUAUGGUCCGCUCGCUGUUGGAACUGUACCAAUAGUUCUGGGCCCACCAAGAAAAAACUAUGAGAAAUUUGUCCCUGGUACUUCCUUCAUACACGUAAAAGACUUUCCUGAUGCUUUUGCUCUGGCUGAAUUCCUCCUCAAAUUGGACGACGAUAAAGAGGCUUAUGAAAAGUACUUUACUUGGCACCGAUUCUAUACUCUCAGGCGUCAUUUUACUGACGAGCAGCAUAAGUUUACACUUGCUGUCUGUCAGGCCUGUCGUCAUAUUGGCUUCAGCAAUGAGUAUAGAGUGGUUCGGGAUCUGUACAAGUGGGUGUCCCAGUGACACUGGAGUCUGUGGUGGUCCUGCUGCAGAGAGGCUUUGACUCGUUUUGUGUAUACAAACUACAUUGAUGCACUAUUGAUGUACAUAUUAGUAUGUUUGAAUAGGAAAAUGCCAUCAACCAUUUAAAUAACAUUCAUCAUCAGCUAAGCCAAUAACAGUAUCAAAAUGACCCAAAUGUGGUCAUGUGGUUUUCCACUGGACUAAACAAACAGCACAAAAACAGGUCCACAGGUUAAGUUCUGCUCUAUAUGUAUAACAAGUUUAAUGUCUGACUGUAAUGAAAAAUACCACCUGCUUGUUGAAGAUAUAUUUCCCAUUGGAGUUGCCAUUAACAGUAAUCACUUUCUCUCUUUACUGGAAUAAAAAUAAAUAAACUAUCUUACUCUUCUGGCUCUACA